CAGCAUUAUUAUCUGUAAACGAGAGGAAGGACCAGCACUGGAGUUGUCAGUGCCUUGUUCUCGGCAGAGUUCUCCCACACGCUCACGAACUGAGAGAUGAACCUCUCUGUGGCAAUUGUCGUUCUUACUGCGGUCGUCUGCACUUCGGCAGAAAUUCCUCAUGAGACCGUCUAUGUGCAGGGCUGUCUUGAGAAGACAAAGGUGGAGGCGGAGGCGGAGCUUCAGAUGGAUGGGGAGGAAGUGGUAUAUGCUGACUUCCAGAGUGGACAGGAAGUUUGGACAUUGCCUGAGUUCCUGGGGCCAUUCCCAAGCUCCACUGUUCGUAACUUCUACAAGAAUGCCGUUAAAGGCAGACGAUUGUGUCAGGAUGCCUUGGCUCUUUGGAUAUUAGAAGAAAAGUGUCCACCUGAGGUAAAAGAUGCCCCUGAGAGCACCAUCUACCCCAGGGCUGAGGAGGUGCUGGGGGUGGAGAACACCCUUAUCUGCUUUGCCAAUCAUUUCUACCCCCCGCCUGUCAAAGUCAACUGGACCAAGAAUGGCCUGGAGGUGACUGAGGGAGCGUCUCUCAGUCGGUACUAUCCUAAUAAAGAUGGAACGUUCCACCAGUUCUCCAGCCUGAGUUUCACUCCACAGGAGGGGGAUGUCUAUGCCUGCACUGUGGAGCACACAGCCUUGGAGGACCCCAAAACCAGGUUCUGGGAGUGUAAGAUACAUGAGGUGAGUGGGUCCAGUGCUGGUCCUGCUGUAUUCUGUGGAGUGGGCCUGACUCUGGGACUGUUGGGAGUGGCUACCGGAACAUUCCUGUACGUCAAAGGACAACAGUUUAACUGAAUUGUGACAUAUAUGAAAUCUAAAAAAUCCUCUUUUGCAGUUGUAGGUAAACAAUGUGACAGA